UAAUUAAAUAAUAAACUAUUUAAUAACAAAGUAUGUGAAUAAUGUAAAUUUUAAGAACAAAAACUAUAUCAAACCUCUAUGUUUUUUAAUUCUUUGGUAUUUUCUUAAAUAUUUUUUAUUAAUAUUUUUUAUAAAAAAAAAUAAAAAAUAAAGAAAGUGAUUGAAGAAAAGUUUGCCUUGAUAUAAAACGUCAAACAGAUCAACGGCUGCAGAUAACAAAGGACGUCUGUUCGGACUUGGCCGAGUUAGGUGAUGGUAAGAGAUAACAGAGGGAAACGACAUCGUACCACUUACCCUUCAAAAAAGCAUAAAAAAGAUUGAAAUUUUGAAGCAAAUAAACCAAGAAAAAUUCUUAAGAUUCUUAUUCAAGCUUUGUAUUUUUUUUUUCCUUUUUCUAUAAAACCAAGGCCUUGUAUUUUUUCUAUUAAAGUUUCAAUCUCUGAGUAAAUUUUGCAACUUUUUUUGGGUUUCGUUUAGAUAUGCAAACAGAAGCAAGAGUUGGGGUGGUAAAUCCAGGCCAUGGGGGAGGAGGGGGAAAUAGUGGGGUGGAGACAACAAGCUUGAAAUUUAAGCAGCAACAGCAAGAGUUAUUGCAAGCUCAAAAAACCCAGAUCGGGACUGUCUCUCAGUUGCUUGCUGGUGGGGUUGCUGGUGCUUUAAGCAAGACUUGCACUGCCCCUCUUGCUCGUCUCACCAUUCUCUUUCAGGUGCAAGGUAUGCACUCUGAUGCUGCAACAUUAAGAAAAGCUAGUAUAUGGCGUGAAGCAUCACGUAUUGUUGGCGAAGAAGGUUUCAGAGCCUUCUGGAAAGGAAAUCUGGUUACAAUUGCACAUCGUCUACCAUAUUCUUCUUUAAACUUCUAUGCCUAUGAGCAAUAUAAGAAGUUACUGUAUAUGCUUCCAGUGGUGGAAAGUCGUGAUGAAAAUAUUAGUGCCGACCUUUGCAUACAUUUUGUAGGUGGUGGCUUGGCAGGAAUUACUGCUGCCUCUGCUACUUAUCCACUGGAUCUUGUCAGAACACGUCUUGCAGCCCAGACAAAUGUUACAUACUACAGAGGCAUUUGGCAUGCUUUACAAACUAUUUUCAAAGAGGAGGGUGUUUUGGGCCUAUACAAGGGACUUGGAGCGACACUUUUAGGUGUUGGACCCAGCAUAGCUAUUAGCUUUUCUGUAUAUGAGGGCUUGAGGUCUUUCUGGCAGUCACAAAGGCCCCAUGACUCCACUGUCCUAGUCAGUCUAUCUUGUGGCAGUCUUUCAGGGAUUGCAUCGUCAACAGCAAUAUUUCCUUUGGAUCUCAUUAGAAGACGUAAACAGUUGGAAGGGGCUGGUGGACGACCACAAGUUUACACGACGGGGCUUUUUGGUACAUUUAAGCACAUAUACCAGACUGAAGGCCUCCGUGGUUUAUAUAGAGGGAUAUUGCCUGAAUAUUACAAAGUGGUGCCAGGUGUCGGUAUAUGUUUCAUGACAUAUGAAACAUUGAAGAUGCUUUUAGCAGAUAUUACCAGAAAAUUAUAGUUUGUCAUCGUAUCUCUUGAUGUUUGAUCUGCGACUGACAUGAUGGACUGGUUAAAUUGGUUAUAUGAUAGCACUCCACAGCACAUUUAACUUUCAUAGCUCUUCUUGCAGUGGCAAAUUUUGUGAUGCUGCUGUGAGAAGUAUACUUGUCCAUGUUAAGUAGAUGGAACUGUGACAUACAUUUCAGAAGUACCCAAUGAUGUUGUCUGCAUCUUUAAGGAUGCAAUACCAAUGGUGAUCAUCUUUGAAUACCCUUUUCCCAGGUUCAAGUUUUUACCAAAUUGCGUAAAUGACUGGCAUGUAUCAAUGCAUUUAUAACUUCAAAUUUUAGUAAUAAUUUAUCUUCUCUUACAGGAGAAAUCUUUCGUAAUUUU